GGGGGAUGACUGGAUGAGCAAUGGCGGAAGCGGAAGUAUUGUGCGAUUCUCUUGUCGCGAGUACAGUUGGUGAGAAUGAGUGGACGAUGGUGAAGAACAGUAGAGUAAAAAGGGCUAAAGUUGGAAAUGAACAGCAGUUUAUGGUUGGAGAGUGAUUCACAAGGAAGGAUAUUUUUGGGGUGACCCGUUUGCAGUCUCGAAGAUGGUGAAGGACAAAUUAGAUGAAGUGGAAUCGUUCAGAGUGACCAGGAGCGGUAUGAUGUUGAUUUUGUGUGUUUCAAAAGUGCAAAAGGAGAAAGCUCUGCGGCUCAAACAAGAUGUUGACGUAUGAUGUGGAAAGCUCUGAUUUUCAGAGUCGGGCACCAGUUAAAUGUAAUCUCUGGUGUCUCGUUGGACAUAGAGGCUGUGUGGACAUUCCAGGAGUGGUAGAUGCACUUCCCUUGAAUCGUCUGAUAAACGGAAAGAAGGAGCGAAGCCUAUCGGUCUUACUGUCGUUUCAUGAAGUAUUUCUUCCAACUGAUGUAAACCUUGGGUAUGUGAGAUAUGCGGUGAGACCGUAUGUACAGAAGCCGCUGCAGUGUUACAAUUAUAAAACGUUUGGACACGUGGCAAGUGUUUGUCGAAGGAAUAAAUAUGUAGUAGUUGAAGAGUAAGAUAAAGUAUGUUGUUGUAAUUGUGAUGGGAAUCAUGUUCCCAGAGUGCCUUGCAUGGAUGAAGGAGGUCGCAGCAGCUAGGAUCAGGGCCAUCCAGCAGGUCUUCUAUGUGGAGGAAGUGAAAAUAGCUGAAGGAGUGAGUAGAGAGGAGAUGGUAGUGGAUGUCCCACAGUCUGCAGUGAAUGCCAUGCAGGAGAAGGAUCCCGACACACUAAUUGUGAAGAAGGUGGACUUUGUUGGGUUUAUAGCGCAAGUGAUAAACUGCAAUAGUCAAACGAAUAAAAAAAUCAAAGAAGCUGGACAUCAUUGUGAAGGCGGCAAAUAGAUUUCUGGAUCUCCAGGACUUUACAGCCGAAAUGUUACAGGGAGUACUGAAUACUACUGAAAGAGGUUCCCCUCUCAGGUUCCUGAGCCUGUGUAGGGAUCUGAAUAGUACAGUUUUUGGUUUGAAAUUCAGGGUAGUAGCGUUGGUUCGUGUUUUUACUUUUCGGUAUAUGGUAUGAAUUUGUUCAUACAAAACAGAUUUUGUUUUGGGGGUAUUUUUUACUACCCCGUACAGUAGGUGGCGGCAAUACACCGUAUGAGUGUAGUCUGCCAGUUAACCUCAAAGAAGAAGAAGAACAACACAGCCAGUGCAGCCUAGGCCUAAUCAACACUAAAGCUUCAAUAGCAGCAUGCAGGGAGUGGGACUUGGACAAAUGUGUUGCAAGAAAGAAAAAAGAAAAAUAACUGUGGGCAUAAUUUGAAAAUAUUAUGAAAUUAUUGCAGAAUAUUGAUUUAGGCCUAACUGCUGUGGUCUGGCAUAUUAAUUUCCCACCAAGACCACAAUCAGUUGUGGACACCUGCACAGAAUAAAAUGUUAUGGAUUAUGGAUGUAAAAUCUGAUUCGAGGUCGGCAUGCUUCGUAUAACGUCAUACAUCCUAACCUUUCUGAGAGCAGAGCAGGCCCGCCAUUUCCCUGAAUGCUUCUAGUCCUUUAAACACAGCAGGAGUGUCAAUACGAAGACAGGAGACACACAGGGAUCCAGUGAGCGAGAGAUCGGGAUGAGAGAUGGGCAGAGAAUGAGUCAGCGAGAGAACCCACCAAAUCUACCGCCGCAUCUUUAUUUAUGAAAUCUAUUUGAUCAAAGGCGUCAGUUGGAUCAACAUAAGACUGAAAUAGUCAAGCGUUGGAUACGUUGUUUGAAUUUCUUUGUAUCAUUUUUCUUCCGCCUCGUCGCCCUGUCUUUUUCUUUGUUUUCCCCCUUUCUUUAUUUUAUUUUUAAAUAGGCGGUGGACAGGAGGUGUCAACCGUAGAGAUUAUAUCAUUCAAUUCAUUUGGAACUUUAUAGACGUAUUGUGAUUUUUCAAAUUCUUUGUUGCAUCAAUAAACGAAGAUGUCGGGGCAGAGCAUUACUGACAGGAUAACUGCAGCCCAGCACAGUGUAACUGGAUCUGCUGUGUCGAAAACAGUAUGCAAGGCCACCACACAUGAAAUAAUGGGCCCGAAAAAGAAACAUUUGGAUUACCUGAUCCAUUGCACCAAUGAGAUGAAUGUGAACAUUCCCCAGCUGGCUGACUCACUGUUUGAGAGGACCACCAGCACAAGCUGGGUGGUGGUCUUCAAGUCGCUCAUCGCCACACACCACCUUAUGGUCUAUGGUAAUGAGCGUUUUGUGCAGUACUUGGCUUCAAGGAACACAUUAUUCAACCUCAGUAAUUUUUUGGACAAAAGUGGUUUACAAGGUCUCUCUCUCCCAGGCUACGAUAUGUCCACAUUUAUCCGGAGGUACAGUCGAUAUCUGAAUGAAAAGGCUGUGUCAUACAGACAGGUUGCCUUUGACUUCACUAAAGUAAAGCGAGGGGUGGAUGGGGUGAUGAGGACCAUGAAUACAGAGAAGCUACUGAAGACCAUCCCUAUCAUACAAAGCCAGAUGGACGCCCUCCUCGACUUCAAUGUUAAUGCCAAUGAGCUAACAAACGGAGUGAUCAAUGCAGGGUUCAUGCUCCUCUUCAAAGAUUCCAUUAGGCUUUUCGCUGCAUAUAACGAAGGCAUCAUCAACCUGCUGGAGAAGUACUUUGACAUGAAGAAAACCCAGUGUAAAGAGGGCCUGGAUAUCUACAAGAAGUUCCUGACCCGAAUGACCCGAAUCUCAGAGUUCCUUAAAGUGGCAGAGCAGGUGGGGAUUGAUCGAGGAGACAUUCCAGACCUUUCCCAGUUCACAGUUUGUGCUCCCAGUAGCCUCCUGGAAGCUCUGGAGCAGCACCUGGCCUCUCUAGAGGGGAAGAAAGUCAAAGACUCCACUGCUGCCAGCAGGGCUAGUACUCUAUCCAACGCAGUGUCCUCGCUGGCCAGUACAGGGAUGUCUUUUACUAAAGUAGACGAGCGGGAGAAGCAGGCUGCUCUGGAGGAGGAACAGGCCCGUCUCAAAGCACUGAAGGAACAGAGGCUGAAGGAGCUCUCUAAGAGGCCUUCCUUCGCCACCACAGACACGUCUCCGGUCUCCACCACCGGGGGCACUAUCAGCACAGCCCCGGCCAUCGACCUCUUCUCCACACCCAGCUGCUCCAAUGGUGCUCUGAAGAUGGAGAGUGACCUGUUUGACAUUCAGCAGACCUUUAACCCUGCAGUGCAGGCCAGUUCGACAGGGCUUCCUGUGGCCACAGCAUGGGCAGAUCCUUUCACCUCUGCUGAAGCUGGAGAUGACUCCAUGCCAAACCUUAACCCUUUCCUCUCAAAAGUUGUUGUCGAUGCCGCCGCUCACUUGCCUGUCGUGUCCUCCGACGGUGUUAGCUAUUCCUCUAGGACGUCUGGUCAUGAAAUGUUUGGUGAUCGUUAUAAUCCCUUUACUGACACAAACUCGUCCGUUUCAACCAAUUACAAACGCACAGUGCGGAUAGAACACUCCAUCUCAGACUCCUUCUGUAGUGGUCCAGUGUCCAUGGCCCAGCACCUUCCACACCAGGCUCCCUACCCCACUGAGCCCUCUACUGUAGCAUGUCUAUUCAGAGGGUACUCCACAGCAUCACAGGUCCCCCCCCCAGGAGCACUCCAGGUGGAUUUCGAGUCAGUCUUUGGAGCCAAAGCUACCGGCGUUAACAACAUUGACUCUGAUGACAUCCUGAAACCCACCAUGAUCGGCUCCAAUCAGGCCCUGUGCUCCAUCAAUCAGCUGUCAGACAAACUGGUCGGAGAUGACCUGGACUCCUCCCUGGCCAACCUGGUGGGCAAUCUCGGGAUUGGAAAUGGCACAACAAAAAAUGACAUCCACUGGAGCCAGCCUGGGGAGAAGAGGCUGACUGGCGGAAGCAACUGGCAGCCCAAGGCAGCCCCAAACACCACCUGGAACCCCGUCUCCAUGACCCCCCCAGUCAUGGCCUACCCUGCCACAACACCAACAGGCAUGGUGGGGGGAUAUGGCAUGCCACCCCAACAGCUUGGCUCUAUGGGUAUGAUGAACCAACCCAACAUGAUGUACAACCAGCCCAUCAUGAGGCCGCCCAACCCCUUUGGCUCUGUUUCCAGUGCCCAGCCCUCUGCAGCCUCUAGUCCUUCCAGCCAGAGUCCUCUCAAAGCCCCCGGACAGGACCCAUUUGCACAGCUUUCUCUCAAGGAUUUCUUGUAGAGCGUCUCUUAGAUGCAGUUCAUGUAAUAUGACGUGUCUCAGAAAAUGAAGUACUUAGCAGCAAAGCUUUGUCUUCAUUGCCAGUCUAACUCUUCAGAGAAACGUUCACCCUCUCCCCACCCCAAAUACAGACAUGUCAAGAACACAACGAACAGUGCAAUGACUGGAGGAAAACCAUGGAAACCAUGUCCAACUGACGAUGGGAAGAAAAUAAUUCACCACCCGUUAUUCUGUCAUUUGUCCAAGACGUCAAGUGAUGCUGCUGUUUUUUAAAAGUACCUAUAGGGGUUCCUCAUCCAUUGUAUCCUCUGCUAUGGGUGCUGAGAAACUUUGAUAUUAUGUAUUUGGAAAUACUACUGUGGUUGGGUGUAACAGCUUGGUGUUCUAAUCUAGUGUGAGGGGGGGGGGGGACAAGACGAAAAAGAGGAGAGGAAUCCUUCCAUCUCUUGAUUCGAUCAUCAGUGAUCCAUUUCCUAGUUAUUUAACUGACACUGAGUAGUGAUGCUAAUGACGUUUACACCUGUUUUAGUUUGUCUUUUUUACUGUGUUUACAGUAGACAUUCCUUGUGUGUUUAUUUAUUUAUGUUAUGGUUUUAAAACUGAGGAAGAAAAUCUAUAGUGUAAUCUAUAGUACCUGUGGGAGUGCCUCAGCAUUUAACAUGGAUGUUGGAUGGUUUCAUUGGAGAUGUAGAGAAAAUAAAAUAGAUAUUAUAUAAAAUACACCUAUAAACGGAAUGAUAGAGCACUAAAUAUUCUUCAAGUUUUGUGAUAAGAACAGUUUUACUAGGUCAAAUCUCAUGAUCUCCCCUGUGCAAGUGGAGUAGGGGGUUCCAGUAUGAGUCAGUAAUCUAUAUAGUCAAUUCUGUGCCUAGGAUUUUUUGCAAUGGAACAACUUUUCUGUCUAGUUUAAAAACACUUCAUCCACGUUUCUGAAGCAUCACACUGGGGUGGAAUCCAUUUUGCUUUAAGCUUGGCAUGCCAUUGACUCACUGACCAUUUAAUGGCUGCCUUUACUCUGAAUGUGAAAGAAUUGCUUUCAUGUUGAACAUAUUUUUCCAUGCUACCCGCACCACCUCAGCUCUGACUCCCUGGAAGCCAGACGAGAGUGUGUCUGGGUGUUGCAGACACUAAACAAGGGUUAAAGUUUUGAUGUAAAUUAGUUGUAUAAAGAUCCAGUGGGACAGGGUGAGAGGGGGGCACUGUUGAUCGGUGCUCUGUGUAUAUAAACCUGACUGUUCAAUGGAGAGGGAAGUGAAAGAUGUAUGAAAUAUGAAAGCAAUUCAAUCAAUCUGACUCUACCUACGUUUGAUUCAGGAUAUUUUCUGCGUUUGUCUUGCGUGGAUUAUAUUUUUGUUUAUGUAAUUAAAACGUGUAGCAGACAUUGACAGGUUUUUUUUUUUAAUAAAGAGCAGCUUCCACAAA